AUGAUUAUCCCUGUUCAACCUACGAAACCAUUCUCUAAAUUUUCUCCAGAUGAAACAUAUUCCGUUUCUUCACUUCAUGAAAAUCCUCGUGUAGGCAAUGGUCUUAUCUCACCAAGUAAAUCACUUUUUAUUGAAAUCUCAAAUUUUUCUCAUGAUUCUACCGAGGUUCAUCCUCAACAAAAACUAGCCGUUAUGGAACUAUUGACUGAACAUCAAUUGAAUAGCUUAUCAAGAUUAUCUCAUACACCUCAUCCUAUUGAAGAAGAACAAAUAUGUCUCCCUGAUUUAUCCUAUUCUGACUUAAACGAUAUUCAAAAAGCUAAACUAGUUACACUUAUUAAACAAUAUCCACAAGUUUUCACCGAGAAACUUGGUCGGACUCAUCUUGUUAAACACAUAAUCGAACUUCAACCAGGAAUACAAUCCGCAAACACUCAACCAUAUCGUCUCCCCCCAUCUAAAAAAGCUAUAGUCGAUCAACAACUAGAAGAGAUGCUCCAAGCUGGUCAUAUUACUCCUUCACAUAGUCCUUGGGCAUCUCCAAUCGUAUUAUCCCCUAAAAAAGAUGGUACACUCAGAUUUUGUGUUGAUUAUCGAAAGUUGAAUGCUAAUACAAUUUGUACAGCAUAUCCUAUGCCUCAAGUUGACGAUACCCUUGAUUCAUUCAGGAAAGCAGCGUUUAUUACUCAUCGCGGCCUCUAUGAAUUUUUAGUCAUGCCUUUUGGACUGUCUAAUGCUCCUGCCACAUUUCAGAGAUUAAUGGAUCUUAUCUUAGCUGGUAUAAAAUGGCAGUCAUGUCUUGUCUAUAUAGAUGAUAUUGUCGUAUUCUCUUCCACCUUUGAACAACAUCUUAAAGAUUUAUCCUCUGUCUUUGAUCGUCUCAAAACUGCUGGACUUACUCAUAAAGCCUCAAAAUGUGAUUUUUGUAGAAAAGAAUUAAAGUACUUAGGACAUAUUAUUACUCCUGACGGUAUUAAACCUGAUCCCGGUCUAAUCGACUCCGUGAAACUUUUUCCUCAACCUACACGAUUAAAAGACAUUCAAUCAUUUUUAGGCUUAACUGGAUACUACAGAAAAUUUAUAAAAGAUUACGCUAAAAUACGUUCUCAUCAAAAAUCUAAACGUCCACCAAAUAACAUAGAAUGGUCUGUUGAAUGUACUAUAGCCUUUGAACGAUUAAAAACUGCACUUACUCAGGCUCCUAUACUUCGAGCUCCAAAUUUUAAUGAACCUUUCAUUUUGGAAACAGAUGCCUGUGAUUAUGGUCUUGGUGCUGUCCUUACUCAAGAAUAUGAUAAUAAAAAAUUUGUUAUCGCUUACGCUAGCCGAACUCAAACAACAGCUGAGAGAAAUUAUUUUCCUACAGAAAAAGAAGCUCUAGCUAUUUAUUGGGCCACCAAACAUUUUCGGCCCUAUUUAGAAGGUACAAAAAGCUAUAUUCGAUCUGAUUGUAGGGCACUACAAUGGCUUCUUGAAACAAAAGAUUCGUCUGGACGAUUAGCUCGAUGGGCAAUAAGUCUAUCAGCAUUUAACAUUGUUAGCAUCAAAUAUAAACCAGGAAAAACAAAUACAAACUCUGAUUCAUUAUCUCGUUAUCCUCUCUCUAAUCUAGCUGUGUUAAAUGGAACAACACCUAUAUCUACACUCAAUUUUUGGGAUAAUUGUACUCUCCUCGAAAAUAUCCGAAUCGAACAAUAUAAAGACCCUCACCUUCAUAUUAUCAUUGAUAAAUUAUCAGGUCUCAGUCAUCCCUUCAUUAAUAAUCUCUAUCCCUCUUUUACUCUAAUUAACGGUAUUCUCUAUAAAUGUCGAUCUCCAUCAAAAAAUAUCUAUCAACGAUCAGUCGGACUUCCUCACUUACUCGUUAUUCCGAAAACUAUGCAACAAGAACUCCUAUCUUGGACACAUGAUCAUCCGACAGUCGGACAUAGUGGUAGAGAAAAAACUCUUUAUCGUCUCUCAAGCCGAGUCUACUGGGAUACUAUGCGAAAAGAUGUCACUCAGUAUAUUCAAAGUUGUCAGUCAUGUCAGAAAUUCAAAUAUUCUAAUCAAAUAAUGAACUCUCCAUUACAAAUGCACAUCGUUCGAGAACCAUGGCAUACUAUUGGAGUGGAUAUUAUGGGACCGUUUUCUAUUACACAACGUCAAAAACAAUACUUACUGGUCGUUGUUGACUAUUUUACUCGAUGGGUAGAACUAUUUCCUCUUAGAACAACGACUUCAUCUGAUAUCGCUAAUAUCCUAGUUAAUGAAAUUAUAUGUCGUUGGGGUUGUCCUACCUAUAUUCUUUCCGAUAAUGGUCCCCAGUUCAUUUCUGAACUAUUCACUAAUAUAUGUUCGUCCCUAGGCAUUAAAAAUAAAAAUACUUCUAAUUAUCAUCCGCAGACAAAUAUGACUGAACGAGUCAAUAGAAAUCUUAAACCAAUGUUAGCACAAUAUGCUCAAGAAAAUCCACAAUCAUGGGAUCAACAUCUAUCGAAACUUGCUUUUUCUAUUCGAACUUCAGUAAAUGAAACAACAGGUGAUACACCAGCAUAUCUCAAUUUUGGACGUGAUCCUAAAUUACCUCCACAUCUACUCCUAACCACACCGACUCAUGAUGUACCUCUACUUCCCACAUCUCUAUCCUCAAAAAUCGAAAAUUAUAAACAAGAACUUCGUCAUCAAUUACUUACAUCUCAUCAAUUUGCUCAAGAACAUAGUGAAGUACGCAAAUUUCAGCAGAAACAUCAGUAUGACAGUCAUAGUUCUAAACGUUCUUUUAAAGAAGGACAACUUGUUUGGGUUAGCAUUCCUUCAGUAUUACAACAUGGAAAACUUGAUCCUCAGUAUCAAGGUCCUUGUCGCAUCACUCAAGUUCUUACUCCCUCUUCUUUUAUUAUUCAGCGUCUCUCUGACGGAGUUAAUUUAGGAGUCGCCAACAUUGAUCGACUUAAACCAUUUUAUGAACCGAAUGAUAUUCGUGUCAACAAUACACGAAAUACACCAGAUCAAACUUUAAAUACACACCCACAACCAUUGAUGAGUAUCGAUACAAGCAAUGCUACAAAUAUGAUUCC